AUGAGAGUAGCUACUCUUGUUUGUUAUGGAUCUCCUUGUGCAUAUGAUAUCAACUUCCAUCCUAUCACUUUCAUCUUGUGGCUGUCAUUGCCUAUAAGCAUAUGGCAAAGUGGGGGGAGGAGGCAAAAAAAGAAGCAGGUUCUGAAGUUCACCCUUGAUUGCACCCACCCUGUAAAAGAUGGAAUCACGGACACUGCCAAUUUUGAGCAGUUUCUCCAAGAGAGAAUCAAAGUGAACAGAAAAGCUGGGAAUCUUGGUGGAGAGGUUGUGACCAUUGAAAGGAGCAAAAGCAAGGUCACUGUAACAUCUGAGGUGACUUUUUCCAAAAGGUAUUUGAAAUAUCUAACCAAAAAGUAUUUGAAGAAGAAUGAUCUAUGUGACUGGUUGUGUGCAGUCACUAAUAGCAAAGAGAGUUAUGAAUUACCUUAUUUCCAGAUUAAUCAGAAUGAAGAGGAGGAGGAAGAUGAGGAUUAA